AGAGGGAGAAGUGUUUCAGGAGUGUAGGAGUGGCGGAGGGGGCAAGAGAGGCAGAGGAGGAAAAGUCCCCCUUGGAGGAGAGCUGGCCGGACUGAGCCGGCUGGAAAGAGGGGGCGGAGAGCGCGCAGCCGGCGGAGCGGCUGCCGCAAUUGCGGCCACUGCGGUGUCGCCGAGGGAGGCGGGCAGGGACGCCCAGGGGCGGCCGCCGCCGUCAGGCCACCGGGGCGCGAUCCGACUGCUGCCGGAGGCUCGCUAACUUUCCGGGGCGGAAGAGGAGGAGGAAGGGGCUUUGAGCGAGUUGGGGGGAUGCCGAGAAGCAGUCAGUUCCCUGCACCCAACACCUCACAGCCCUUCCUGCGUCCGCCCCGCAGGGCGGCGAGCUAGGCGGCAGCGCGGUGGAGCGGCCCAUGUCCGGCGCCGGCGAAGCCCUGGCUCCCGGGCCCGCGGGGCCGCAGCGCGCGGCCGAGGCGGGCGGCGGCCGGCGGGGCAGCCCGGGCCAGGAAAAAUCUGACAAAGAAAAUACUGAAAGAGAUAUAACUCAAGCUACCAAUAGCCGCCUCACACAUGGAGAAAUGCAAGACCAGUCCAUUUGGGGAAAUUGUUCAGAUGACGAACUCAUCAGAACCCAACCUCAGCGCUUGCCUCAGCUUCAAACUUCAGCACAGGAACUGGGUGAGGAGGAAAUAGGCAAGAUAAAGAACGGCCACACAAGUCUGAGCAAUGGAAAUGGAAUUCACCACGGGGCCAAACACGGGUCUGCAGAUAAUCGAAGACUUUCAGCGCCUGUUUCUCAAAAAAUGCAUAGAAAAAUUCAGUCCAGCUUGUCUGUAAACAGCGAUAUCAGUAAAAAGAGUAAAGUAAAUGCUGUCUUUUCCCAAAAGACAGGCUCUUCACCUGAAGACUGCUGUGUCCACUGCAUCCUGGCCUGCUUGUUCUGUGAAUUCCUGACCCUCUGCAAUAUUGUCCUGGGACAAGCUUCCUGUGGCAUCUGCACCUCAGAAGCCUGCUGCUGUUGCUGCGGAGAUGAAAUGGGGGAUGACUGUAACUGCCCUUGUGACAUGGACUGUGGCAUCAUGGAUGCCUGUUGUGAAUCAUCAGACUGUUUGGAAAUCUGUAUGGAAUGCUGUGGAAUUUGUUUUCCUUCAUAAAUAUUUAUCUUUUGUGUUAAAACUGGAGAGUGUUUAAAACUUUUUCUUUUAAGGGGGAAGAAAAGCACAUGGUAAGAUUCUCCUGAAGUAACCUAGUAUUUGCACUGUCAACUCAUUCUUUUAAGUAAUCCCUGAAAGCUUUUUUUCCUCUAACCAAAUCUACAUGGUUUAAUAUGUGAAAUUUUAACUACUUUUAAACUUCUUAAUAGGUUACAAUGACUGAGGGACAUUUUGACCAAAAAAAACAAUGCUAAAUGUCUCCUCCCUUUCAUAUGUAUUUCUGUUUCUUUUAACCAUUCUCAAGAGCCCCUUGCUCAAAAUAUAUUAUUUCUCAGUGGGUAUUUAAACCAGACAAUUUAUGUUUGAUGUUUAUCUAUUAAUGGUUCAAAGUAAGCAUUCUUCACUCUGAAGUAAACUUUGAGAAACAAACUCACACAGCAGUUGGGCACCAGUGUUGGUCUCCAUGCUCCCUUCUCCACUGUGUCCACUUGUUCAAGAACGAGAAACUCAAAAGGCUAUAGGAAUGCACAGAAAAGAAUAGCUAAUGUCUACUGGAAUAUUCAGAAGGCUUCAAGGAGAAUGUGUAUUUGAAGAGUCCUCUUAGGAUGAGUGAUUCAUUGCUGCUUGAGUGAAUUAGAUUAAGGACCAAGUUUUAGGUGGACCGCCUGAACUGUGUGUGCCCUUAAGCAAUUAAAAGAAAAACGCCUUAAGUAUGUAUUUUCUUUAGUUGCAGGAAUACAGCUUUUUUUAACUAUAAAAGUAUGCAUUUUCUUACACAUAAUUUAAAUGCUAAUAAAGUCUUUGAUAAAAACAUAAUGCCUCAUUAAAAUAGCUAUAUUUUGUAAAGAAUGUGGAAUACUUUUGACAAAUUGCAUUUAAAUUAGAAGAUUUUUAUGUUAAAAUCCCAGUAUUCUGAUUUUGAUUUAUUCAUAUGCUUUCUCUGGUUUUUUGAGAGCUUUAAGUCUUUUUCGGGGGGCGGGGGGGGGGGAGAAGAUGUUGUUUGUUUUGGUUUGUUUCUUAACCAAUGUUAUAUUUUAUAAGCACAGUUAAUCUUAGAUGCAAAUUAUUCUCUCCAAAGUAGUGGGCAUCUUGACAUCCACUGCUGUGACCAAAUUUUACUAUUGCAAUUUUACGUUAAAUUAAGUCAAUAUGGGAGGUUAUAAAGAUCCUUAAGUGUAAAGAAACAAGUCAAUUAGAAGACUGUGUACAUAGUUGUUGACACCUCGACACUGUGUGGCACAGAUGAAAGGAGGAAUAAAUUUUCUAUGUCCUCUCCUACUAAGUUUGAUCUCCCCAGAAUUGUACUUUGGUCUGAUUUAAUGUAACUCCUUGUAGAAAUUUUGAAAGUAUACUUUUGGAUUAAAAGUUAUUUUCAGUUCUUCGGUUGAAUAUCAAAUUGAUAGUAAAAACAAAUGCAUAUUUUUAGAAAGCUUUUAGCAAACCCAGCCUUUCAAGAGGUUUUAAACUUAAAGCAUGGGAAUGUCACCUAUGAUUUUUCCUUUAAGAUGAAACCUGGUUUCUACUUAUGUCAUUAGUUAAAGGGCUUUAAAAAGAAGUUAGCAAAUUCUUGACUCCCCGUUUAGUGCUAUUUAUAUACACACACACACACACACACACACACCUUUAAAUUGUCGGGGUUAAAUAGAAUUCUAGUAAACAACUGUCUUUCUCUUCCUUGUCUAAAGAGUGUCUUUCAUUUGUUACAUCAAAUAUAAGAACAUCUUUGUAGUAUUUCAUAGUAACCAGAAUCUGAAUAUUUACAUAUACCCUAAGUUAACUUAUGCGUAUAUAUUAGGAUGUAAGAGUGUCAUCUGUGUAUUGACAUAUAAAGCCUUCUAAUGACCUGGAAUCAUUAAAAUAUGUCAUGUUUUAUCCUGAAAAAUUUUUCAACCAAAUGGCUGGUCUAAUAUUUAAAUAUAUUCCGCUACUAUUUGCGAUGAAAAUAUUAGCACAUUCAAAAUAAUGUUGCUCUGUAACAGAGAACAUUAUUCGAUAGCAGAACUUUGUUUUCAUAUUUAUAGUCAUAGUACUUUUUCUGUAUUGUCUACGCCACAGUCAUUCCAUAAAGUACCUUGUAUGAUUUAAAAAGUAAACGAAAAAAACAAAAGUAGGUAAAUGUGAAAAUAGUUUAGUGUAUUUUAGGAUUUCUAUAGGUAAAAUGUUUUGUUCAAUUAUAUGGCCAUCACGACUGCUAUAGUUUACAGUUAGAGAUUUGGUCUCUUUUUAAAUGUGGAAACUUAAUCUUAAAUAUUUUUAAACUGGACCUGUAUUAUCCUGAAUACAUUAUUUUGAAAUAAAAAAAUGACUUCUCUGUU